UUCACUGCUUCAUAUCUUCAGUUCAUUGACAACAGUGGCACCUUCUUGUUGUCUCGCAACAACUCUUUCAAGGCUGCUAUAUUCAACCCUGGUGGUCAACAAAGCAGUUUCUAUCUAUGUGUCAUUCAUGCUGCAUCCAACACUAUAAUUUGGUCUGCUAACCGUGAUGAUCCCAUCUCAGAUUCUGAUCAAAUGCUUCUAACUGUCCAAGGGAUCACAAUUCUUGAUAAAGGUGGGAACAUCAUAUGGUCAACACCACCAUUAAAAUCAGCAGUGAAUAAACUUGUGUUGACUGAGAUGGGAAAUAUUGUCUUACUUGAUCAGAGUAGUGAUUCUCUUUGGGAGAGCUUCCAGCAUCCAACUGACACAAUUGUUAUUGGACAGCGUUUACCUGUUGGGGCAUCAUUGACAAGUGCUGCAUCCAAUUCAGACUUGUCAACAGGAAAUUACAAGCUCGUAGUUACUUCCUUUGAUGCAAUACUGCAAUGGUAUGGACAGACAUAUUGGAAACUGUCACUGGAUACAAAAGCCUAUAAGAAUUCAAAUUAUGUGGCGGAAUAUAUGUCCAUAAACACUACAGGCCUUUAUCUCUUUGGACAAGAUGGAACAGUGCCUGUCUUUGUAGUUGGGUUGCCACUGGCUAAUUUUCGAAUAGCCAAAGUGGCUAUUUCUGGCCAGUUUACUAUUAUGAGCUUUUCUGGCACUGAUUGGAAGCAAGAGUUUGUGGGGCCAGAUAAUGGUUGUCAGACUCCUAUAGCUUGUGGAAGAUUAGGUUUAUGUACUGAGGACUCUGUAUCCUCUUCACCAGUUUGUUCUUGUCCCCCAAACUUCCACGUAGACGCAGGUAAUUUUGGUGGUUGUGUGCCAAGCAAUGGAUCUUAUUCUUUGCCAUUUGCUUGUAGUUCUACUCUUAACAAUAGUCAAUCAAAUUCUUCAGUUGUUUCAUUUUUUAAAAUGGGGAAUGUAGAUUACUUUGGCAGGGUUUACUCUGAUCCAGUUUUUUAUGAAAUGAAUUUAUCUGUCUGUCAAGAUCUUUGUUCCACUAACUGUUCCUGCUUGGGGAUUUUCUAUAAAAGCUCAUCUGGUUCUUGCUAUGUGGUUGAGGAUAAUUUGGGAUCCAUUCAGUCAAGUAAUGGAGGUAAAAAUGAUCUAGUGGGAUACAUUAAGGUUAUUGCCACAGCCACAACCGAUAUUGAUGAUGAUGACAGUGAUGGUGGACAAACUUCUCAAAAUGGGGGGUUUCCUGUGGUAGCAGCAGUGAUGUUACCUGCCAUUGGGUUCAUUGUUUUAAUGGCUCUAGUUGUUCUCAUGUGGAGAAGAUUGAUACUGUCAAAGAGGCAAGAAAUGAAAUUAGGGAAACCCAGUUCACAUUCUUCUGGGGACCUGGAGGCCUUCCACAUUCCAGGCUUGCCUUCAAGAUUUGACUUUGAAGAGCUUGAGGAGGCUACUGAAAACUUCAAGACUCUAAUAGGAUCAGGUGGGUUUGGAGCUGUAUACAAGGGUGUGUUGCAUGAUAAGUCUAUUGUGGCAGUAAAGAAAAUAGUGAACAUAGGCAUUCAAGGGAAAAGAGAUUUCUGCACUGAGAUUGCUGUUAUUGGAAACAUUCACCAUGUUAACUUGGUCAAAUUGAAGGGAUUUUGUGCUCAAGGGAGACACCGUUUGUUGGUUUAUGAGUACAUGAAUCGUGGAUCCUUGGACCGAAACCUCUUUGGUGGUGGACCCGUUUUAGAAUGGCAAGAGAGGUUUGAUGUGGCCCUUGGAACAGCACGUGGACUUGCUUACUUGCAUAGUGGUUGUGAGCAAAAGAUAAUUCAUUGUGACAUCAAACCCGAGAACAUUCUCUUGCAAGAUCAAUUUCAGGCUAAGAUAUCUGAUUUUGGACUCUCGAAACUCCUGAGUCCUGAACAGUCUGGUUUAUUCACCACAAUGAGAGGCACUCGUGGUUAUCUUGCUCCUGAGUGGCUUACUAACUCUGCAAUCACCGAAAAAACUGAUGUGUAUAGUUUUGGAAUGGUGCUUCUUGAACUCGUUAGUGGAAGGAAAAACUGUUAUUUUAGGUCGAGAAGCCAUAGCAUGGAUGAAAGCAACAGUGGUGGGGGCAAUUCUGAUGCCUCAUCAACAACUGGGUUGGUUUAUUUUCCACUAUUUGCAUUGGAGAUGCAUGAGCAAAGUAGUUACUUGGAGUUGGCUGAUCCAAGGCUAGAAGGGCGUGUUACAUAUGAAGAUGUGGAGAAAAUGGUUCGUAUUGCAUUGUGUUGUGUUCAUGAAGAACCAGCACUUAGGCCUAACAUGGUUACUGUUGUUGGCAUGUUGGAAGGUGGCACUCCGUUGCCACAGCCAAGGAUAGAAUCUUUGAACUUUCUUCGCUUUUAUGGUCGUAGGUUUACUGAGGCUUCCACUAUAGCAGAAGAAAAUGAGUAUGGCUCUAGGCUGCAACAACUAGCACGUGAUUCUAUAAGCAUGGCAAGUUCACCAACUGGUUUUUCAUACAUGUCUUCACAAAAUAUCUCAGGGCCAAGAUAG